AUGGCAGCCUCGGUUCUAGGAAAGCGCCAACGCGGUGCUAUUGACACAGAAGCCCCGUCAUUGCCACUGCGCAGCGCAAGCAAGCGCCGGACACAACCCCCGCGGAUUCUUCGGGAAGAUUCCAAGGCGUCUUUGUCGUCAUCUCGCCAACUGCGAUCGAGAGCGAGGAAACCGGACGCGCCACAACACGACUACCAAACAGAUACCAAAGAGUUUGCCAAUGGGAAUGUGCUGCCUAAAUCUGUGGGUAAGGAGGAGGAAGAAAAGGAAGAGGAGGAGCCAUCCUGUGUCUCGGAAUCGGUCAAUGAUGAAAACACCAAGCCCGUUCAACUCAAAACUCCGUCCAAGUCGAGGUUCCGGGACGCUCUGGACUCUCCGCCCAUUACACCCAGGCACAGAGUUCAAGUCGGGGGAAAAUCGUUUACUCCGCGCACUCCUCGACAGACUUCUACUCCUACAAUGACCCAAACAAUAUACACGAAUGCCAGGCAAUUGUUCGCACGAGGCGCAAACUCGGUUCAAAUAGUUGGUCGAGAUGCAGAGCGGGAGAAGUUGACGUCGUUUAUCCAAGACGGUGUAAAGUCCCGCCAUGGUGAUUGUUUAUACGUUAGUGGUCCUCCCGGCACUGGCAAGAGUGCUUUGGUGCAGGAGGUGUGUCGUGAGUUGGAACUCGAGUCUGUGAAGGUUGCACAUAUCAACUGCGCAAGUAUGCGGACUGCGCGCGAUGUUUACAGCAAACUUAUUGAAGAUCUUUGCGAAGAUGAUCUGGUCUUUAAGAAAAGCGAGACCGAGCGGCUGAAGAGUCUGUUCAUUCCGGAUAAGAAACAGAAUGGGUUCUUCCUUGUCACUCUGGAUGAGAUAGACCAUCUUCUUACGGCAGAUGCUGGGGUUCUCCAAUCCCUAUUUGAAUGGGCAUUGCACACCAAGUCUAAGCUGAUGCUUAUCGGUAUUGCUAACGCCUUGGACCUGACCGAUCGAUCACUACCACAACUGAAAGCGAAAAACUUGAAACCUCAACUUCUUCCUUUCCUGCCAUAUAACGCCAGCCAAAUUGCGGGUGUAAUCACCAAUCGACUUCGGUCACUGCUGCCGCAAGGUCAGCACCAAGACCCGGCCUUCGUCCCUUUUGCCCAGCCGGCCGCCAUAAUGCUGUGCGCGAAGAAAGUCGCAUCUCAAACCGGAGAUUUACGAAAAGCCUUUGAACUGGUCAAACGUGCCAUCGAUCUCAUCGAGCAGGAGACCCUCGAAAAGCUUGAGAAGCAGGCUACCUGCCCAGAAUCCCCCUCCAAAACUAUUCUCGUCGAGAACAACAACCUCUCAUCUCCGACUAAGACCAAGCAAAACCCGACUUCAACCUACACAGUCUUCACAGCGCCACGGGCUAGCAUCGCUCAUGUGGCCCGCAUUACCUCGUCUGCUUUCGGCCAAGGAACAGUCCAGCGUCUUAAAAACCUCAACCUUCAGCAAAAGGCGGCAAUCUGUGUUCUGAUUGCCCUUGAUCGGAAAAAGCGCGAAGGAGAGCACCUGGGUACCCCGUCAAAGACUCGGCAUUCCGUCCCGACCAUCAAGCAAAUUUUUGACACCUACUGUGUCUUAUGUCGUAGAGACAAUCUCCUCCACCCGCUUACUGCGACAGAAUUCAAAGAUGUUAUCAGCAACCUGGAGACGUUGGGGCUGGUGGGUGAAUACCAGGGUCGGGGUCGAGGCGGCACGGUUUCUGGUGGCUCGGACGUUAGGCGCACACCUUCCAAGUCGGGUAAUGGACCUAUGACCCCGAGUAAAUCGCUGGAUGAGCAGGGUCUCGUUUGCUUUGUUUCUCAAAAGGAGAUUGAGAGUCAGAUUGCAGGGCCAGGUGAGGGCAUCCUCAGAAGCUUACUCGGGGGCCAAGGUCUGUGA